AUGGAGUACAACAAAAGUGGUUCGUCUUCUUCUUCUACUACAGAGGAAAGCGUUUCCAACUAUAAGGAGAAGAAGCCUUGUCAAAUAUGUGGAAACAAUGCAAAUGACGAUUUUAUUAUGACUUGCUUCAAAUGCAGAGUCACACGAGAGCAUAUUUAUUGCGCAAAGGUGCUUUUUAAAGCUGUACCUGACGUGUGGCUAUGUGAAGAGUGCCGCACCUCACGUGGCGUAAUCUUCAUUAACCAUGACGAAGCCUCAGAGAGUAAUCAACAAUCUGAUUCUUAAUCUGAAAAGUAGCUGAGCUGAGUGGUUGUCAGAGACAUUUGGA